GGAGGCUGUUUGAAACAGUGUUUGUAAUGUCGUCUAGAAACUGCCGUAACGUGCUAAAAAAAACGAACAUGCAGUGAGAUAUUACAUUUAAUAUUUACCAGUUAGUUACGUAUGCAGACAGCGGUCACUAUGGACUGUCGAGUUGAUGGUGCUGAGGAAGAGGAGAAUGAGAGAUCCUCAUCUCCAGCUGGACUACAGUCCCCUGAAAUGGACCGCAACCCAUCGCCACCCCCAGGAGCAGACGAUGAAAAGACUGACGGAGAUGUGGACGCAAUUGGAGAAACUGUUUACAGCAAGCAUUGGCUCUUCAGCACCCUGACUCGUCUCAUUCGUAUGGUCACUGAGCAUUCAGAGGUAAACUCUGAAGGUCCGAUGCAGCUCCCUGAUGAUGAUGAGGAAGACCUAUGCAGAGUCUGGGAUAUGGCAAUGGAUAAGGACGUGGCGGCCUUUCUGCAGGAAUUCAAUGCUACGGAUAUCCUUCUUGGGGUGAUCGCCAAAUCUCGUUGUCAACGUCUGACAGAAGUUUGUGUGGGAAUCCUUGGAAACAUUGCCUGCUUUCCUGACACGUGUCUGACUCUAAGCCAAAAUGAAGACUUGGGUGCUGUGCUGUUGCUUCUGCUUGGAGAUGCAGAUCCGCCAACCCUUCUGGAAACCUGCCGAUUGCUGCUGACCUGCGUCUCUCAGAAAGACGUCUGUUCCCUGUGGCUCCGGCGAAUACGUCAGCGGACGUCUGUGCGCUCCAACCUCUUUUUCAUCAUGCGCAGUUCUACCAACACUGACCUGCUUGAGAUGGUUGGAGAGCUGCUUGACAAACUGUUUGACCUUGACGAAGAGCUGAUGAAGAGUUGGAUCACAGCUCAACCAAGUGGUGGUGAGGAGGAUGAGGAUGAUGAUGAUGAUAAUGGCAGCCAAAGUCGUCUGGAUGCGGCCUCAUGUCUUCUCGAGGCAGCCAAGCAGCUGAGAUCAGAGAGUCCGAUUGGCUUAGAGGUUUACCUUCAUGCCCUCCAACUCCUCACCACCGUAGAUGAGGGCAUUCAGACUCUUGCUGCCCCCGAUGGACCCGGCAAAGCCGUGUGGGACUUUGUCUGCGACGUUGUGUGUGAGGACCUCUGCCAGCCCACCGAUCUUCCCGCCGUCCUGCAAGAGCAGAAACGCAUUUUGGUUCAAGCGUUGGCGGUGCUGCAGGCGCUCUACAGGUGUCAGGAUGAGUGGUGCAGCAGAAGUGACAUAAGUCUUCCCCUUAUUGGAACCGUUUUGCGAGUGCUUCAAUUCCACAGUGAGGACAAAGAUGACGGCACAAAAGACGAACAGCUCCAGACUCUUGCGGAGAUCGCAGCUGAGUUUCUAGCUGAUAUCUGCAGUCACAUUUCUACGGACACUGUGGCGGAUUUGGUGAAGAACGGUUACCUGACGGAAAAGACGGCUCUCACGGCUGCGGGCAGUUUAGCUCCGAACUUCAGGACUUCAUUUCAGCAGCUGCAGUCCAUGCUGUCAGAGACUGAUCCCCAAAUGGCAGACAAGGUGUGGAAACAGUUUCCUGUCUGAGGCUCCCAGCAUAUCAGAGUUCAGCACUCAUCCAGACUGGGCACUGCUUUUUAUAGCGGCCUCUAUUUCCCCUCCAAAGAUCCAGCUGGAGGUCGUAUUUUUGGAUUUCCAUUGGAAAGUCCAAACGAGGAUGUCACACCAUGACGAGUAACCGAGAGCGUUUAUUGGAAAUGUAAUUGUGUUUCUGUCUUAAAGUGUUUUAUUUUGUGAAUGCUAUUUUUUCAUUAAAUGAUUUAUACUCUUUUAAUAAAAAUAUCUCUUUCUUGUU